CAACAACACAACACAAAAGGUUCCAGACUACAAUGGAAAUAAUCAUGGUGUCCAGAUACCAGCUUUGCUAAGACCAUGAGCAGCAUGAACAGUCCGAGUACCCUCAGCUUCACCACGACGACCGGUACAUCCUCCAGCAGACCUAGCAGUCGCCGCGGGUCGGUGUCUACAGCAGACGACACGUCCGAGUGUAUGGAGCCAUACUUCCAGCUCAGCCCGGCCCCCGCCACUACCUCGCAACCCUACAACUUCUCCCGCAGUCCCUCGCAAUCUGUCAAGCGCAAGCCUCGCAAGAAGUGUAAGGACCUGAGCCACUUCAACUCCGUGCCUCCUAUCGGUCACAUGUCCAGGUCCAACUCCAACAGCUUCUCUCCCUCUCUAUCGCUCAUCUCUCCUACCGACUCGGGUCCCAAGAGUCCCAGGAGUUACCACGCUCCCAAGUCACCUCAGGAACACUCCCCCAGGAUAGCCAAUCGUUCCCCGUCGGAGCCCAAGUCACCAAGAAAGUCUCCCUUGACGCCGACGUCGAACCACUUCAAUUUCCCUCCGAGCCCGUCAUAUUCUACAAAGAGUCCUGGCACGUCGAAGAGAAAGUUCUCGUUCAGCGGUCCUCCCAAAAGCCCGAAGAGUCCUAGCACGCAGGAGUCCGCGGUUGACGGGGAGACAGUGGCCACUUCUCUCUCGAGGCCAAGUUCUCCGCGAGGCCUUGCCUACCUGGCCUCUCGUCGAGGAAGUAGAGAAUCCAACAUAUCCAACGUAUCCAACGAGGAGUUGGCACCUCUUAACUUCACCAACACAGCUCGUGGCAGACAACGUCGGACCUCCAACUUCCUCGAACUUCCAGUCCCUGACCACAUAAGGCCGAGAGUCUGCAGUCUACCGGAGAAGCCGUACAACCCUCGGUCGGGUGAUGAGCUCUACCGCCUCCGGACCUUCAGUAUCACCAACAAGGGGGUGGUCAACUACGGGGACAGCAUCAUCAAUAGACGGUCCAGGUCUAACACUAGCGUCAACUCCACCGCCAGCAGGCACAGCAACCACAGUGGUAUCAGCAACAACAGUCCCUGGGAAGGUAGUUGUUGUGGUAGCAGCUACAACAACGUGAGCACAGAGACAAGUGGAGAAGAGGUUGCCAAGUACAGGGUCGUGUUGUUGGGGGACUCCGGUGUGGGGAAGACUGCCCUUGUCUCUCAGUUCAUGACCUCAGAAUACAUGAACACUUAUGACGCCUCUUUAGACGACGAGUUUGGGGAGAAAACAGUAUCCGUUUUGUUGGAUGGGGAAGAAUCUGAAAUGGUCUUCAUUGAUCAUCCAAGUGUCGAAAUGUCGGUGGAAAACUCUCUGUCAACGUAUGAGCCACACGCUUGCGUUGUUGUCUACUCCAUCGUGAACCGAGCCUCCUUCAAAGUUUCCGAGGAUAUCCUCAACUACUUGUGGAGGGAAAGUUAUACCAAAGACAAGAGUGUCAUCGUAGUGGGCAACAAAGCUGACCUGGCGAGGUCAAGGGUCAUAACUGCCAACGAGGGCAAAGCUCUAGCGGCAUCACGAGACUGCAAAUUCAUAGAGACCUCGAGUGGUAUCCAGCACAAUGUGGACGAGCUGCUGGUCGGCGUCCUGAAGCAGAUCCGACUGAGGGAGACUAGGGAAAAGAAGCGCGCAAAACGUGGCGUCAAGCAACUCCAUGGCUCAAAGACGUCACUGUCGCUCAAUAUUGCUCGCGAGAUCCUCCACAAGAUGUGUCUCACUGACAACAAGUCCAAGUCCUGUGAGAACCUACAUGUUUUGUGAGCAGAGGACAGUCCGAGAAAGCCUCGUAGAGUUUAUCGCAUCGACCGUCAGCGUCAGACAGUCGCUCGGACCAACAACUACAUUCUAAAACCACUCAACUCUUCCUUCCAAUGCUUCUACUUCUUCUGUGAGGCAAGUGGUGCAGUGGCUGAGACUCAAGUUUAGGUUCUUUGAAAGAUAAACACAAAGUUCUAGAGCACUCAGCGCCAAUCAGCUCAAAGUAAGAACAAAUACUCUGAUCGGAGUAAGCAGAGGAUAGGGUAUGUUGGAAUCAUA